GAGAGAGAGAGAGAGAGAGUGCAGGAGCAGCCAGUUGUUCUUCACUCCCCUGCUCGAAGUUUCGAGGCAGACGUUCUCGGCUGGGACGCCGCGCUCAUGUCAGGAUUAGGAGCCGGGGACGCGGGACACACCGGCGAUCUGCAGGUCCUAAUUGACCGACCCGAGCCCGACUCGCUCCCUGGUCAGCUGUGACAAACUCAUCACGUCGUCUCCCGAGAUUGACCUGACACCCAACAUGCGUCUCCUCGCCGCCCUGUGUCUCUUGCUGUUCCUGCGGUUCGCCGAGCCCCGCCGAGGCCGGCGGUCCGACGCCGCGGAGCGAGGGAGCGCCGAGUGGGCCCAUACGCGGGGUAGGGGAAGGCGCCAAACUCAGGAAUGCAAGGAGUACUUUGACGCGGGGGAGAAGUACCUGGACUGUCAGGACAGGCAGUUGACCACCGUGAUGGAAGGAUGGCCCAAAGAUAUCCACCACCUGCUGCUGGCCAGGAAUAAAAUCCAGGUUCUGAGGGACAACAUGUUCUCCCAGUUCAGCCAACUAAAGAGCCUGGACCUCCAACAGAAUUCCAUUUCCAUGGUGGAAGACCGAGCAUUUAACGGCCUUUCCAAGCUCAGGACGCUGCUGCUGCAACACAACAGCCUGAAAACGGCCUCCGAUGAGGUCCUGCUCCCCAUGCCCCGCCUUACCUACCUCCGUCUCUACGACAACCCCUGGAGCUGUCACUGCCCGUUGGACAGCUUUCUUAGGACGCUGCAGGUGCCUAGUAACCGCAACCUGGGCAAUUACGCCAAGUGCGCUGAGCCCCUUUCGCUGAGGGGCCAGAAGCUGAAGAAGCUGAACGUGGACUCGUUGUGUGCAGGUGACAACCGGGUGGAUGAGACUCAACCUAAGCCACCCACCAAAAAGAUAGUGGCCACAUCCAUGUGCCAUACCUACAUGUUCCCCAAACCCGUGCUGGACUGCAACUACAAAGGUUUGAGCAACGUCCCGUCCGACCUUCCCUCCGACAUCGUGAAGAUGGAUCUGUCCGGCAACAACAUCAAACAUCUCAGGCCUAAGCAGUUCCUGCAUUCCAAAGACCUCAAGAUGCUCAACCUCAGCAGCACCAGCCUGAACCAAAUAGACUCAGGUGCAUUUGCGGGACUGCUGUACCUCCGCGAGUUGGAUCUGUCCAACAACAGCCUCCACUACUUCCAGUACGCCGUCCUGGAGGACCUCUACUUCCUGCGCAAGCUGUCCUUGAGCAACAACCCGUGGAUCUGCGACUACAACAUCCACUAUUUGAUCUACUGGCUCAAGCUGCACCCCGGCGUUGCCCACACGGGCCUCAUCUGCGCCGAGCCGCGCGAGUUCCGGGGUUGGCGUGUGGUUGACUACGUGAAGACCUACAAUGGGGAGUGUCCCAAGGAUAUACAGACAGGAGGGGUCAACAACGGGGCACAAGGGGGGACGGAGAACGAGGCGCAAGAGCUGGUGGGGGAGACGGAGGAAGGGGUCCAGCUGAGGCCCCUGAAAAACCGGAAGAUGAAAAAGUUUGAGAUCAUCAGGUUGAGUUAAUCUAGAAGUGGAUUAAUAGUUUAUUGUUGGUGUGCACGGGGAUUUAGUAUUGCAUCAUCUUGAAGGUUGACACAGUGAUUUUAUGUGUUGAAAGAAAACACCGGUGUUUUUUUUUGUUCAUUUUUUUCAUUUUGCAAUUUAUGAAAAUAAAAAGCGGAAGUCUUUUAAGGGCAUCUUAUUUUUUUAGAAGGGAUCCUUCGUUGUCACAUUGCUGUGCUUAGUCAACUUUAGUUAACGCAGAGGUUUUCCCCUCAACCGGAUUUUCUUCCCAAAUCAAACACCGCCCCCAGCUGCUCAAAACUAUGAACUACAGGUGCUUUCUCUCUCAAUUACUUUUCCUUUUGUACUGGCGAAUGAAUGAAUGGCACUUUGGAUAAGAUCUUUGCAAAUAAAAAUGUGUCUAUUUUU